AUGAAAGGCGCAACUUCCCUGAAGUGGCUCGCCACAUCUCUUCUUGCCGCCAGCGCCUCAGCUGUGACAAUCGAAGAGAUCAACGGCAACAAGUUCCUGUCGCCCUACAAUGGACAGAAUGUUACGAAUGUGACAGGAAUUGUAACCGCCAAGGGUCCUAGCGGUAUCUGGAUCAGAUCCGUUGAGAAGGGCACUGAUCCCAAAGUCUCCGAUGCUGUCUACGUUUAUGGCAGUGCACUUGCCAAGAACACCUCGAUCAGCACGGGUGAUGUUAUCAGGCUCAGCGGCAAGGUCAGCGAGUAUAGAUCAUCCAGCGCAUAUUUGUAUCUUACAGAGAUCGCAUCGCCAAAGGUAGACGCGAUCUUGGAGCAUGGCAGAACCGUGGAGCCGCUUGUCAUUGGCAAGGAUACUUUGAGCCCACCAACUGGACAGUACAGCAGUCUUGACAGUGGCGACGUUUUUGGACUACCAAACAAUCAAUCUCUGAUCUCGGUAGUCAACCCGGAACUGGAUCCUGAGAACUACGGACUGGAUUUCUGGGAGAGCCUUGUUGGUCAGUUGGUCACAGUUGAAGAUGCUGUCGCAAUUUCAAAGCCGAGCCAGUACGGUGAUCAGUGGGUUAUUGGCUCCUGGGCCACUACCGGUGCGAACGAGAGGGGUGGCCUGACGAUCACCAGCAAAGAUGGAAACCCGGAAGCCAUCAGAAUUUCGGACCCUCUCGAUGGCUCUGACAACCCUACGGAGACCAAGUUUGGUGACAACCUCGGGUCAAUUACAGGCAUUGUUACUAACGUCUACGGAUUUUACGCCAUUUUACCUCUUACGAAUCUGACCACUAUCGAGUCUGCGUCACCUGCUUUGCCGGACGCGACUACUCUUGUCAGCGAUGGUGUUUGUUCUGGCCUGACUGUAGGAGAUUACAAUGUCGAGAACUUCUAUCCUGGUGAUACAGCUCACGUAUCGGCGGUUGCUCAUCACAUUGUCGACUACUUGUUGACACCUGAUCUCGUGUUUAUCCAAGAGAUUCAAGACAACAAUGGCGAGACCGAUGACGGUACGGUCGCAUCGGAUGUGACUCUGUCCACCCUGACUGCUGCCAUUGCAGAACUGAGCGGCGUCACCUACAACUUUACAUACAUUGCCCCAGUCAACGAUGAGGAUGGCGGCGCACCUGGUGGCAACAUUCGUGUCGCAUAUUUAUUCCAGCCUGAUGUGCUGCAACUACGCAACCCCAACCCCGGCAACUCGACCACUGCGAAUGAAGUACUUCCCGGCCCCGAGCUUCUGUACAACCCAGGACGCAUCGACCCAAGCAACAACGCUUGGGGUAGUAGCCGAAAGCCUUUGGUUGCUGCCUGGGAGACCCUCGACGGCAACAACACUUUUUUUACCAUCAACGUCCACUGGGCUUCCAAGGGUGGCAGCUCGUCGAUCCAAGGAGAUGCUCGUCCUCCGGUCAAUGGUGUUGUUGCUGUCCGUCAACAGCAAGCCGAAGUUACCGCUGCAUUCGUUGCCCAGAUACUUGCCGAGGACGCAAAUGCGAAGAUCAUUGUGGCCGGCGAUUUCAACGAGUACCCUGUCGUCCAGCCCAUUGAAGACUUCCUUUCGCUUUCCGGCCUCAAGGAUCUUGAUAUCGUAGCUGGCAUCCCAGAGACUGAGCGCUAUACAUAUCUUUAUGAUAUGAACUCACAAGAGCUGGACCAUGUGUUUGUCAGCCCUGCUCUUGCUAGCAGCUGUGCGAAGUCGCAAUUUGAGCACAUCCAUGUCAACACCUGGGUCUCAUAUGACAACCAGGUGUCCGAUCAUGACCCCAGUGUAGGGAAGUUCAACCUAUGCAAGUACUGA